AUGGGCAUUCAGAAACAAGGGCACAACUCUGAAAUCCUAAAUAAAAGUAACCGAGAGGAGCUCGGAGUGAGUGAUUCCCCAGACGCUAAGACUAAAGAUUUUGAAAUGAACCCCAAAUAUCUCAAAGGUCGUGAAUAUUUCAACUUCUCUUCAGGAUCAUCUCAUGCUGAGAACAUACUCCAGCUAUUUAGUGACUUCCGAGACAAGAAAUUAUUCACAGAUGUCAUCAUAUGUGUGGAAGGACAGGAAUUUCCUUGUCAUCGAGCAGUCCUUUCUGCCUGCAGCAGCUACUUCAGAGCCAUGUUCUGUAAUGACCACAGGGAGAGCAGAGAAAUGCAGAUUGAGAUCAAUGGCGUUUUUGCUGACGCUAUGGAGUGUAUUUUGCAGUAUGUAUAUACUGGAAAGGUGAAGAUCACAACAGACAAUGUCCAAAACCUAUUCGAAGCCUCCAGCCUCUUUCAGAUUGAUGUUCUCUGUGAUGUGUGUGCCAAUUUCUUAGAGGAGCAACUUGACCCUUGCAAUUGCCUAGGAAUCCAGCGCUUUGCCAACACCCACUCACUCAAAACACUCUCUGCAAAAUGCCAUACCUUUGCAUUGCAGGCUUUUGAAGAUGUGACCCAGCAUGAAGAAUUUCUUGAGCUUGACAAAAAUGAACUUAUUGAUUAUAUCUGCAAUGAUGAACUUAUUGUUACUAAAGAAGAGAUGGUGUUUGAGGCUGUCAUGCGCUGGGUCCAUGGAGCUGUUGAACAUCGAAAGCUGCUAUUACAUGACCUCCUCACCCACGUCAGGCUCCCUCUCUUAAAUCCUAAUUACUUUAUUCACACAGUGGAGGUGAACCACCUGAUCCAGAAUUCCCCUGAGUGUCAUCAGUUGCUGCAUGAAGCAAGACGGUACCACAUACUUGGCAAUGAACUGAUGUCCCCGAGAACUAGGCCACGCAGGUCAACUGGCUACUCAGAGGUGAUCGUUGUGGUUGGAGGCUAUGAAAGACCUGGAGGAUUUAACCUUCCAUAUACUGAGUGUUAUGAUCCAGUGACAGGAGAAUGGAAAUCGUUGGCCAAGCUUCCAGAAUUUACCAAAUCAGAGUAUGCCGUCUGUGCCCUGAAGAAUGAUAUUCUUGUUUCAGGUGGGAGAAUCAACAGCCGUGAUGUUUGGAUUUAUUACUCGCAGCUAAAUAUCUGGAUCAGAGUUGCUCCUCUAAAUAAAGGCAGAUGGCGCCACAAAAUGGCAGUCCUUCUGGGUAAAGUGUAUGUUGUCGGAGGCUACGAUGGACAAAACAGACUUAACAGCGUAGAAUGCUAUGAUUCAUUUUCAAAUCGUUGGACAGAAGUUGCACCACUUAAGGAAGCAGUGAGUUCUCCCGCCGUUACCAGCUGUAUAGGAAAAUUAUUUGUAAUUGGCGGAGGACCUGACGAUAAUACCUGUUCUAAUAAGGUUCAGGUUUAUGACCCAGAAAUCAAUAGUUGGCUGCUUUGUGCAGCUAUACCAGUUGCCAAGAGGUGCAUAGCAGCUGUCUCUCUGAACAACAUGAUCUACGUUGCUGGUGGUCUGACCAAGGCCGUGUAUUGUUAUGACCCAGUUGAAGACUAUUGGAUGCACGUACAAAAUACAUUCUCUCAACAGGACAAUUGCAGUAUGUCCAUAUGUAAUGGAAAGAUCUAUAUCCUGGGUGGAAGACGGGAAAAUGGUGAUGUUACAGAUACUGUUCUCUGUUACGAUCCUGAGACAAGUAUUAUCUCAAAGGUAGCUGUAAUGCCCAGACCUGUAUCCUAUCAUGGAUGCGUAACUAUUCAUAGGUAUGAUGAGAAAUGCUUUAAGUUCUAA